AUGCUUGACUCUAGCAUCCUCAGGAUAGCUCCCCAGGAUAGAGUUGCAAUUCUGGCCCGCGGUCUCACAAUUUCAGUUAAAUCCCAAACUAAGGAUCGAAGCGAUCUUGAGUCUGGAACCUCCGCGGACAAGGCAACAAAGAUACUUGAUGAUGUCUCUUUCGACUUGGAAAGUGGCCAGAUAAUGGCUAUAAUGGGAGGUUCAGGUAGUGGUAAGACAACAUUGCUCAAUACCUUAUCGCAGCGACUUUCUAUUCACAAUAAGAAGCUUAAAUUUGAAGGAAGUGUACUAUACAGCCGCGAGAAUACGGCUUCAAAUAUAAAACAUGCCUAUAUGCAACAGACGGAUAUUUUCCUUCCGGGACUUUCAGUAUAUGAAACGUUGAAGACUCAGGCUGAUCUCAGGCUUCCACCUAGUGUCAGCGAAUUCGAGAAAAUUCAGUAUAUAGAGUCGUUGAUAGAUGUCUUGGAGUUACAACUCAUUCGAGACUCUAGAGUGGCUGCAUUCUCAUCUCAUGCCACAAGUUUGUCAGGAGGUGAACAGAGAAGAGUUUCAUUGGCUAUACAAUUACUUUCUAAACCUUCGGUGUUAUUUCUAGAUGAACCUACUACGGGGUUGGAUACCACCAGCUCGUUGAAGUUGGUUCAUACCCUCAAGAAGCUUGCUUCUCCUGAAUUCGGCAUAACCAUCGUUAUCUCUAUCCACCAACCAAGACCAGAAAUAACUGCUUUAUUUGAUAAAUUAUGUCUAUUGACAAGAGGUGGCCGAGUAGUCUACUUUGGAAAUUUGCUUGAUGCCGGCACCUACUUCAAGACUCUAGGAAUAUCAGAUGUUGAUCACAAGAAUGACACCACCUUCAUAGAUUACAUAAUGGACUUGUCAGUCAAAGAUACCUCCUCAAGGGAAGCCGAAGAGCAAGCUAUAUUAAGAAUCAACAAUUUGGUCCAGCAAUGGAAAGCCUGCAGAAAACACGAACUUAUUCCUCUUGAAACGUCAGAAAGUGGCCAAUUUGAAGCUAACUUAAAGAUGUUCCGUAGAAGAAAAGAAGAUAAGAUUUCGUUUAUGAGGGAGUUGGUGGUUCUUACCAAACGAUCUUUUGUUCUUUCUUAUCGUGAUGUUCUUUCUGUUCUAGCCAUGAACGUUGGUUCGGCGCUAUUGGCUGUCGCUACUGGCUGGAUGUUUUUCAAGCCAAAGGCAGAUUUGGCUGGUAUAAGAUCGAUAACAUCGGUUCUCUAUGUAAUGUUGGAAGUUGUCGCUUUCUGCCCGAUGUUUUUCGAAAUUGAGAGGUUAUGGACAACUGAUGGUGUGUUUUUUUACCGUGAGUACCUGGAAAACUAUGUCAGCAUCACUGGCUUCAUACUUUCCAGACGGUUUGCAAAGUUCUUCUUGGAAGAUUUGCCUGUUUCUUUAAUUUUUGCCGUGAUAUCGAACUUCAUGUGGGGAUUGAGGAUGUCUACAGAACAAGGCGGACCUACUGAUUCUUCAUACUUUGGUAUCUAUUUUGCUAUAACACUAUUAGUGGAGUUAAUUUCCAUGUCAGCAUCCAUGUUUUGCUUUGCUGUUUCUCCAGACUAUUCUAUCUCGUCAUUGGUUGUUAAUGUUUUCUACCAAUUACAAAAUAGUGCUUGUGGGUACUUUGUCAAUGCAAGGACUAUGCCUGUCUAUGUCAGAUGGGUGAAGUACAUUGCCUACUUCUGGUAUGGCUUCGGAGCACUUUUGGCAAAUCAGUUUUCUGGUUGGAUGGGUGACUGCCCAUACGACAAUGAUGACCCUAGAUGUGAACAAUACUCUGGUGACUAUCAAUUAAAAAACUUGGGGUAUCCUAUUGACUGGAUUGCUGAACCAAUAGGGAUUUUGGUUGUGUGGUUUGUUGGCUUCAACUUGAUGACAUUUUUCGUUUUCUACUUCAAAUCCUUUGAUGUUUCCAUCGCCAAAACCAAGAAGAACAAGAUUGGAGGGGAAGAUGGCCCCCAUGACCAAGCCAUUACCAAAGAGAAAUGUUCGGAUGAUGACGAUGAUGCUAUAGCACAAGAUAAUGAAGAUCUUGAGGUUAAUGUCCAAAAUGUCACUCUCAAUGUGCAGAAGAAGUCACUUCUUAGAAAAGUAGUCUUCGAGAAAACCCUAUUGGACAAUGUAUCUGCUUCAUUUGCAGCCAGCGAAGUGAAUGUCAUAAUGGGCCCUUCAGGAAGUGGCAAAACUACACUUCUAAAUUACCUUUCCAAUAGGUUGCCUAAGUCUACCUCAUAUGCUUCCAAUGGACAACUUCAAUUAAACAACUUUAUCGACAUUACUCCAGAACAAUUAGCAAAGGCAUCCGCAUACGUCACUCAGCAUGAUAAUUCCUUGAUCCACAACUUGACAGUUAGAGAAACCUUGUAUUAUCAAGCUAAAGUCAGAUUGCCAGUUGAAGAGCAUGUACAUAUUCCACAUAUAAUCAAUUCCCUAAUUAGAACAACGGGAUUGAUUGACUGUGCUGAGACAUUGAUUGGAUCUGAAUUUGUUAAGGGAAUUAGUGGUGGCGAAAAGAGAAGAGUUUCUAUUGCAAUUCAGUUGUUGUCCAGGCCCAAGAUAUUGUUUCUUGAUGAGCCAACAUCAGGGUUGGACUCUUCGACCUCGGUCACAAUCAUGAAUUUGCUACAUAAAUUGGCUGAAGAAAACAAAACUACAGUUAUUUUGACCAUUCACCAGCCUUGUGAAGAAAUGUUCCGUAAGUUUGGAUCGUUGCUCCUAUUGGCUCGUGGGGGUAAAGUAGUUUACAAUGGGACUUCUGGAGGAAUAGAAAAAUAUCUUGCAAGCAUGAACUACAAGGUCCCCGAUGAUAUGAAUAUUGCUGACUACAUUCUUGACUUAGUUAGCAAGAACUUCAAUGAGGAAAAGGAAAUCUCCCAGGCAAGAAUAGAUGACUUGAUCAAUCAAUGGAAGCUUAAGGGAGGUUCUGAUACAAGAGUCACAUCUCACAACAUAGUCGAUAUCAGAAACUACUACCACAAGAGAUUACCGAUGUAUGUUACAUUUCCUGCCAUAGCAAGUCGCCAGGUACUUACAUCUUACCGUGCUAAGGACGUUGUCAUAUCUAGAGCUGGUCAGACCAUAUUUUUGACCAUAGUUCACACUUUAUUCUUUGCGCCAUUGAGGAAUACCCAGGAUGGUAUUUCGAACAGAUUGGGUUUAAUCCAAGAAGUGUUGAACCUUUACUUUGUCGGGUUGGUCAACAACAUCACACUUUACCCGUUCGAGAGAAACUUGUUCUACCAAGAAUACAAGGACGGUACAUAUGGAGUGUUUGAGUUCAGCAUUUCCUACUUGCUUAAUGAGCUUCCUACAGAAAUUGUCCCCUGCCUCUUCUUUAGUGCUCUCAUUGUAUUUGUCUGUGGAUUACCUCGAACUGCUGGGAUGUUCUUCAGUAUGUUUGCUACAGGGUUUAUUUCCAUCAACGUUGGAGAAUCGCUUGGGAUUAUGGUUAACAGUUGCUUCAACCAUAUGGGGGUAGCCGUCAAUAUCUUGACCAACUUUGUCAUUCUAGCCAUUUUUAUGGGAGGGACGAUGUCGCUCCAUAUGCCACCAUUUUUCAAGGGAAUCAACUAUAUCAGUCCCAUGAAAUAUGCCGUUGGGAUCUGUGCCAAACUUGGGUUUACCGACCAGCUUUUCGAGUGCAAUGUAGAGCAAUGCAGCUUGAACACGGGAGCAGAUGUGUUGAGUUACUAUAAUUUGGACAAUGAUUUGGGUGCAAUGUUUGCAGGACUCAUCGCCUGUGUGGUUAUCUACCGUUUGGUGGCCGUGGCGUCCAUUUAUAUUAGAGUUAAAUAUUACAAUUAG